AUGAAAUGCCUUCUCGAUUUGGACGAAGACGUGCUGUUCGUCAUCUUUUCGCAUCUCAGCUGUCGCGAAGCGUUAUGCAUGGCCUCGUGCUCGUCAUACGCAUAUAAACUCGCACUACCCCACGUCUUCUCAGAACUCUGCUUCGAUACGUCGAGCAACAUCCCCUUUCAAGUUUUUGACGGACCAUUCCUAUCCAUCCGUGACUGCCUUCUUGGGGCGGUGCGGCUCGCCAUCCAAAAUGUAUACAGCUUGCGACGCCAAACUCACCCUCUUCUCCGGAGACGACCACCAACGGAACAAGUCCAAUCCCUCUCCUUCUUCGGACCCCACAACCCAGCGUACUAUCACAUAUGCGGGAUCCGUGGACUCCCACAUGUCAGCAAGAUUCUUUCUCAGACCCAUCACUUGCGCUCUUUGACUCUUCAGAACGUGGACGUUCUGCUCCAGUAUCACCGACUGCAGGUCGGCGAAGCCCUGCGAGGACUCCCCUAUCUGACAUCCCUUGUACUAGUCCACAUCGGGCCCCCAGCCCUCGAGCUCUUGCCGUCCAUAUCGAAGACGUGUCGACUCAAAUCACUAUCCCUCGCCGAAAACCCCUUCGGCCCCGGAGUGUUCACCGGAUGUUCAAUCUCUUCCUUGCUCGCACUCCUUUCCGGCUUCACUUCGCUCCACACUCUCGACGUUCAUCAUCACAGUUAUCUUGCCUACGAAGGGCCCCUAUCUCAACCCAGUGACAAACGGUGGCAGCCUUCACCACCUGUGCUUCACAAAUUCAGCCUUGAAGGCCCCGCGCGUCUCGACACGAACCUCCGCUUCAUGUCGUUACUUCCAAAGCUCUCUGAGCUAUCCCUCCAUCCAUCCUCUUCGCGGAAAGGAAGCCUCUCCGGACCUCCUGGCUGCUGGCCUUCCCUUCGAAAGCUCCAUCUCGGAUUGCUGACGGGAGCACUGCCUGAUGGAGUUGAGGUGUAUGCCCAUCGUCUGAUCAUUGGGUGGCCGGGGUGCGGCCGGGUCCAAACCUCCGCAAGCUUGAUUCCCACUGCUACGAACAGCCAAGUUUUCUUCGCGCACAUACACGUCGUCCAUCCCCCGAUCCUGGAGAUGAAGCUCCACGCUUACGACCACGCGUUGCCUCUGGAGCCGUUGGACGAAGCCUUCUGGACGAAGCUCGCGGACACCGCGCCGCAGCUGCGCUCCCUGUCUCUCAACGUACGCGCGGCCUGCGACGACUUCCACAGCAUGCUUACCGCGCUCCCCGCUGCGCUCUCCCAGCUCUCCCUGAUGCACCUCACCAUCACCAUUAAGCGCCGCCCUCCAUCCCGGAACACGGACCCCCUGCGAACGGCCCGUGACGCAGAGGCGGCCACGGAGGCCAGCCGCGUCCAUGCGCUCCACGCGCUCCCGCGGCUGCUCGUCGACGCGAUCCCGACGCUGCGCGUUCUCGGUGCUGGGCCGUACACGCCCACCGUGCAAGUAGAGGACGACGGGGCACUGAGGAUCGACAGGAGGCCGUGGGGUGAUCAGGGAGAUGCGGGCGGCAGCGACGCGGGAGAUGCGGUGGUGGGUCAUCGAUGGUGA